GUUUAUACCUAAAACUACUAGAAGAAGACCUCAUCACAACAAAUCCGCCUUGACUUUACCUAGCGCUUAACCAUUCAUCUAUUUCAAAUAUACCGAAAAAAUGCUAUAUUUAACCCUACUUCGAGGAUUGCAGCGGUGUGUUGGCCCGCAAUCUCUAAGAAAUGUCAAAUGUAAAGCUCAGUUUUCGGUAAAACCAGGCUGUAUGAGCAGCGGGCUGUCGAGCCCUCACCAGAGGACGGAUACCUCGUUUCUGAGGAGGUCGUUCCACUCCGGGAAUGUCAAGGUAUUUAGACAAACGCAGUGCAAACCCCUUCAACCCCUGUGUCUCUCCUCAAAAAGUCUCUGCACCUCUGCGUCGGACUACUCUGAGACAGGGAGACUUGUUUACACAGGGAGCCUUGGUAGAGCUAUAAUUGGAGUGAAGAUGUUCUCCUACACCAGCAGUGGCACCAGUCUGUGUCUAAUGCCACACGUCCUCUUCAAGACCGGGCUGGCCACACAGAGUUUGGCUGUGCAGGCGUCCUUCAUCGCGAUCAUCAGCCUCUUCACGUUCGUCACCCCCGUCCUCCUCCACCUGCUCACCAAGGGCUACGUUAUCCGACUGUACCACAACGCCGAUCAGGACGCCUACACGGCCGUCACCUGCAACAUCUUCCUGAUGGAGAAGAGGACUGUGUUUAAACAGGGGGAGGUCAGCAUUCCAGCCGUCGCAAAGAUGUUCACCUCGUUCUACGCUGGCCGGAGGAGCAUGUUGGUGAACCCCGACCUCUUCCAGCUCCCCAGUGACUACAAUCAUCUGAUGGGUUAUGACCAGCCGUUCACAUUCAGUGAGGAGGACUUGGAGAGGCAUGACAAAGGCUGAGUGGAUAAAACCACAAUGAAUGCCGGGAAAAGGGCGCGUGGUUUCAAACUUUCCAUUGGGUCAAGCAAUUCUACGAUGGCCAGCUUUAUUGUUUUCCGUGGGCGCCGGCGACUUAGUCUGCAAGUGGACGAUAUGACCGUGGAGAAGAUCGCCAUGAUAUUCCAGGUCCAUCCACACUCUCUGUAUUUUACUGACGACAGCAUCAGAGGGAUACUCCCUGGACCAGAAGGAGCUUUCAGUCUCACAGACCUCAAAGACGGUGGCCACUACGAGGUACACGGGGAGAGCACAGCUGAUGAAGGCUCUCAAGGUCAAAACCCUGCUGCUCGCUUUGCCUUUCGCCGCCCAUCCAGCAGUGCUCUCCCCGUUGCCUCAGGAGCUCUGCCUGCUCCCAGAGCUGUGGGUCCAAAGCUAAACACAAGGAAUGUCUUUAUAGCGGAGUUGGUGGAUGGAAGGCCAGUGACUCGGAAAACGGUGGCAGUACGAUUUUCUGAGUUUGAGGCAUCUGUUAAUAGCAUAAGUGUGAAAGUGGUGGAGGCUCUGGGCGACGACGAGCCUAUUGUGCUUGUGGACAGCCAUGCAAAUGAGAUCCUGGACUGUGAGGGAAACAGAGGAUCUGCAUUCUGGAAGCAGCAUGCAAGAAAGAUCUUUGCUGUUCCCCAAGACCAGAUGCAGAGAACCGGGGGGGGGGGAAGAAUAA